CAAGACAGCGGCGUGCGCGAUGCGAUGCUCACCUGUCUGCUGAGGUGUUUGUAUAUCUCUGGCCGCUCUGCCUCGCGGCGCCAGUCACAAGCGCUCAGUCCGCUGAGAUGCGCUCGCCGAGACGGUUGGGGCACGCGCCCCUGAUACUGUUGCUGCUUUCGCUGCCGCUGCCGUUGCUCGCCGAGGAGAAAGACGGCCCGGAGCUGUGGGAGUCGGGCGACGUCGGCGGCGCGAUGCACGUGGACGGCGACGCGGCCUCGUUCGAGCGUGUGGAGCUGCGCUGCGGCGCGGACGCGAUGCACGUGCGCGUGGCGACGGCGCGCGACUUCCGCGGCGUGCUGUACACCCGCGGCUCCUUCCACGAGCGCCGGCCGCCCUGCUUCCUGGACGCCGACGGCGGCACCCGCUUCUCCAUGCAGCUGCCGCUCGACGCCUGCAACGCGCUCAACGAGGGCGACGCGCGGUACCGCAACGUGGUGGUGCUGCAGCACGACGACGAGUUCGUGGCCCCCGGGGACGCCGCCUUCACGCUGGAGUGCGACUUCAGCCAGCCGCGGUCGGUCGCCGUCGCUGCAGACCUCAGCCCCGACAGUGGCAGCUCCACAGACGGGAAACCCGUGCAAGUGAGCUCACGGAUCAGCCUGGUGGACCCAGAUCCCGCGUCUGACAGCCACAGGCAGCGCCGUGCUGAUGUUGACAGUGACUCUGAUGCUGUGUCGCUCACCCCUGACGAUGUGCUGCGCCGACGACGACGAAACGCCUCCAGUAAGGAUGAGCUCUGACCCUGGGCCAAAACACUCAGAUGCCUUGGGCAGACUCCGUUCCCUUUUAACGAGGUGUGGUGGGCUCCUAACUCAAAGACAACAAUUUACUCACGCAGGGCAUUUGUGUGCAGCUAUCAAACACAAAAUGCAGAGAUCAACAUAAUUAAAAACAGAAUAUUUACAUACAAGCAGGCAAUUUGUAAUCAAAGAUGUUAAAUUGUUUCUACUUCCUAUAAAUCAGUUACUAAAUACAUCUCAAGGACUAAGUCACAUGACUCAGUAAUGAGGGGAUUCAUUCGUUUAUUCAUAGCAGUGUUAAGGAUCAAUAGUCCUUCAUGUUUGCAUUUUCAGUCUCUGUAAAUUUCUUGCAGAAAGUCAUUUUCCUGCUUAGCCUGCAGUUUUAUUUUUGAAAUGAAUAAUUUAUUUUGUUAUGCAGAAAUUGCCUAGUUUCUCCCCCAUUGGGCAUUAUCAACCUACACCAGAAUAAAAACUGUUAUGCCUACAUUGUAUUUGACACUUAAAUAUGUGGAGAAAGACCAAUAUAUGAUAAGAGUUCAUAAUAAGAGCUAUGCACAACAAUAGUACGUGUGGGCACAAUCAUCACAGAUAAUAAGAGCGUAUGUAAAAUGAAAAAAUUGCAACCAUUAAGUAGGUUUUGUCACUAUGUGUGCAUAAAUAACACAUAAAAAUAAGUUAGCACAACUAUGAUGAUACACUUGUGAUACUAAAUUGGUCGACACAUAUCCUAUUUUAUCUUAACUCUGCUGAUUAGGGGUUUAUGGAGUCUCAACAUCUAAGGUCAUCUGUCUCGUAUCCAUCACAGAAUCAGUGUGCUCAUGUGUCUGCAUGUAGAGUAAAUGCUAUGUGCAAGUCUGUACGAGUCUGUAUUCACCUAGUGGGUUGUCAGAAACCACCUAAAAGCCAUAUCCAGGCUGGUUGGCACACUAGCGCUCAUCAAUCUGUGGGCAGAUUCGAACCAUGGUAGUCACACCUUCCUGUGUCCUAGAAGUGGUCACUUUAAAACAUACUGCAUUUAAGAUGUUGAUCGUUUUAUGUCUGUCUUCACUCUAAUAUCUACAUUUAUGUAUCUUAAUAUGUUUAUAUAUCCUGUUCAACGAGCAAACCCACAUUAAGGUUGACCUUUUAGCAAUGUACAUAUAGACUUCACACGUAGGACAGUUGUGCCCAUACUUAGUCGUGUAAAACUGCUAUUAGGGCGUAGUCACCUGUUGCUUGUCUGCCAUAUUCAUUUUUUCAUCAUCUUGUCAGUAGCAAACCUGUAAGCAGAACAACUUUGUUGCUUGAUAUUGCGCAUGGGGAUGAAAUUAGCAAUUCUCAGGCACUGAAAUAAAGUCUUUAUUUCAAAAUAAAAUGCUACAUAUCAAAAUGAUUGCCUUUAAUAAACAUUAUUAAAGAGCAAGAAAUAUCACUUUUGCUUUUUUGCUGGGACCACUUCAGUAAAACUUCUAACCUUAUGUCAGAUCUGUAUCAAAAAUCUGAAAUACCAUAGUUGAAGCUUGAUCUUCAUCUGUAUUCCAUUUUAAACUAUAAACAUUGAUCAGAAUA